AUGAGAAACUCAUGUAGUCUUGGAAGGAAGCAUCUGAACCAGUUAAAUUUAUUCAUUCCAGAAAUCCUUCCAAGCAGAUUUGAUAUGCUUAAAUAUGUGGAAGAACAUAAACUUCCAUCAUUAUAUACCGUUGAUGCGAAACUGAAGGGAAACAUUGGUCGUUUUUUUAAUCAUAGCUGUCAACCGAAUAUCAAAACGCAUCAUAUAUACGUCGACACCCAUGACUUUCGUUUGCCCUGGAUUGCUUUUUUUACUGAAAGGACGAUUGCAGCUGGAUCGGAGCUUUGUUGGGAUUAUGGUUACGCUGAAGGCGCCGUAGACGGUAAACGCUUGGAAUGCGUAUGUGGCUCGAAGAAUUGUCGAAAGAGACUCUUAUGA